AUGAAGUGUAGACCAGUUGACACGAUAUUUGAAGCUUCUUCAUUUAAUAAAAGUAAAAGAAAAAAACUCGAAUUUUAUGAUGAAAAGUUAAACUACUUCUUUGAAAAUGGGGUUAUAAAUUAUAGUCUUCUAGAAAUCGUAGGAGAAUGUGGAACCGGGAAAACACAACUUGCUCUUACCAUAUGUGCAGAUGAACUUUUAAAUAUUUACGAACGAAGAAAAAAAGAGAAAGAAAAAAAAAAAGAGAAAGAAAAAACGAAUGAACAAUAUAAUCGUGAUGAUAAAAAGAGGGAUAUUAUUUUUUACAUUUAUGUAAAUAGGACUUUUCCUAUACAUAGGUUAAUUGAAAUUGUUGAAUCCAAAAUAAAACAAAAAAAAACAAAUUGUUAUGAAUACUAUAAAAAUACAAAGGAACAUCAUAACAAAAAAUCGAACGGGAAUAAUGUGUAUUGUGAAGAGGAUGUAAUAAAUUUUGAAGACAUGACACAUGAUGAAAGAGUCCCCGUAGAUUAUUAUGAAUUGAAAGAAACUGAAUACCUAUUAAAAAAGAAUCUUGUAAAAAGUGUUUUAAAAAAUUUAUAUAUUUAUAAAAUAAAUGAUGAGAAAGAUUUUUUUUGUUUAUUUGAAAAGGAUAUCUUUUAUAUAUUAAAAUAUUACAACAUUUCUAUUUUAGUCAUUGAUUCACUUAAUUUUAUAUUUCGUGGUAUGGAAGAACAAUUCGAUAGUAAUAAAAAGAAACAAUUUUUCAUUAAGAUAUCUUUACUUUUGAAAAAAAUAGCCUAUGAACAUAAUUUCUUUGUAUUCUUAAUUAAUAGUACUAACAAUAAAAAGGAUUAUCUUGAUUUCUCUUAUGACAUAACUAAUAGUAUGAUAAAUUCUUCUUGUUCAAAUACGGUCAUAUACCUUAAAAAGAUAAAAACAUAUAAUUCUAUUAGAAGAACCAUGAGUAUAAAAUAUUCAGAAUUUCUGGUUAAAUAUAAAUUGAUGAAUUUUCAAAUAACGCAGGAGGGCUUUCACAUAAGUGGAGAGAUAAACAAAUAA